UCCGCCUCCCGCUGUCAGUGCUGCUGUGUUGGAGCUUCAGGAGGAGCUGCGUCCGAGUUACAAUAAACACGAAGAUGGCGGCGCGGACUAUGCAAGCGGCGCGAUGCCCGACAGACGAGCUGUCGUUGACAAACUGCGCUGUGGUGAGCGAGAAAGAUCUGCAGUCCGGACAACAUGUCUUGGUGAGGACCACACCCACCCACAAGUUCGUCUUCACUGUAAAAACCCACCACAGUGUGGUUCCAGGAACCAUCGCCUUCAGCUUGCCACAGAGGAAAUGGGCCGGCCUCUCGAUUGGACAGGAAGUGGAAGUGUCCCCAUACAACUUUGACAAGUCCAAGCAGUGCGUGGGCACCAUGACCAUUGAGAUCGACUUCCUGCAGAAGAAAAGUGUGGACAGCAGCCCUUACGACUCUGACAAGAUGGCCAGCGAGUUCAUCCAGCACUUCAACAGCCAGAGCUUCAGCGUGGGACAGCAGCUGGUGUUCAGUUUCUGUGAUAAGCUCUUUGGACUGCUGAUUAAGGACAUUCAGGCCAUGGACCCCAGCAUCCUCAAGGGGGAGCCAGCAUCUGGAAAGAAGCACAAGAUUGAAAUUGGUCUGUUGCUGGGCAACAGUCAAGUGAUUUUCGAGAAGUCUGAGAGCUCCUCUCUUACCCUAGUUGGAAAGGCCAAGACCAGGGAGGCCCGCCAGUCCAUAAUCAACCCCGACUGGAACUUUGAGCGCAUGGGCAUUGGUGGCCUGGACAAAGAGUUCUCUGACAUCUUCCGCAGAGCCUUUGCCUCCCGAGUCUUCCCCCCCGACAUCGUUGAGCAGAUGGGCUGUAAGCAUGUGAAGGGCAUUUUAUUGUACGGACCCCCAGGCUGCGGUAAGACCCUCAUGGCCCGGCAGAUUGGCAAGAUGCUGAAUGCCCGUGAGCCCAAGAUUGUCAAUGGGCCUGAGAUCCUCAACAAGUACGUGGGAGAGUCUGAGGCCAACAUCCGCAAGCUCUUUGCUGAUGCUGAGGACGAGCAGAAGAGGCUGGGUGCCAACAGUGGCCUGCACAUAAUCAUCUUUGAUGAGAUUGAUGCCAUCUGCAAGCAGCGAGGCAGUAUGGCGGGUAGCACAGGCGUCCACGACACAGUGGUCAACCAGCUGCUGUCCAAGAUUGAUGGCGUGGAGCAGCUCAAUAAUAUCCUGGUCAUAGGAAUGACCAACAGGCCUGACCUCAUUGACGAAGCCUUAAUGAGACCUGGCAGACUCGAGGUGAAAAUGGAGAUUGGCCUGCCAGACGAGAAAGGCAGGGUUCAGAUCCUGAACAUCCACACAGCCAAGAUGAGGGAGUUCCACCUGCUGGCGGCUGACGUGGACAUAAAGGAGCUGGCUGUAGAGACCAAGAACUACAGCGGAGCCGAGCUGGAGGGGCUUGUCAGGGCUGCCCAGUCUACCGCAAUGAACCGCCACAUCAAGGCCAGUGCCAAGGUGGAAGUGGACAUGGAGAAGGCGGAGAAGCUGCAAGUCAAUCGAAACGACUUCUUUGCCUCCCUGGACAACGACAUCAAGCCUGCCUUUGGUACAAACCAGGAGGACUACGCAAGCUAUAUCAUGAAUGGCAUCAUUAAGUGGGGCGACCCCGUGACCCGGGUUCUGGAUGACGGGGAGCUGCUGGUUCAGCAGACCAAGAACAGCGACCGCACGCCUCUGGUGGCCGUGCUGCUGGAGGGACCCCCUCACAGUGGGAAGACGGCCCUAGCAGCCAAAAUUGCAGAGGAAUCCCAGUUCCCCUUCAUCAAGAUCUGCUCUCCAGACAAGAUGAUUGGCCACUCUGAGAUUGCCAAGUGCCAGGCUAUCAAGAAGAUAUUCGACGAUGCCUACAAGUCACAGUUGAGCUGUGUAGUGGUGGAUGACAUAGAGCGCCUUCUGGAUUACGUACCCAUCGGACCUCGUUUCUCCAAUCUGGUGCUGCAAGCCCUGCUGGUCCUGCUGAAGAAGGCCCCUCCUCGGGGCCGUAAGCUGCUGAUCAUCGGCACCACCAGCCGCAAAGACGUCCUGCAGGAGAUGGAGAUGCUGGACGCCUUCAGCACCACCAUCCACAUCCCCAACAUCUCCACCGGGAAGCACCUGGUGGAGGCCCUGGAGCUGCUGGGUAGCUUUAAGGACAAUGAACGAGCCAUCAUUGCCAAGGAGGUCAAGGACAAGAGGGUUUCGAUUGGCAUCAAGAAGCUGCUGAUGCUCAUUGAGAUGUCCCUGCAGAUGCACCAGGAGUACAGAGUCAGCAAGUUCCUGGCACUGCUGAGAGAAGAGGGCGCGUUGGAGGACGCCAAUCGCAUCCGAAUUUAAACCCCCUUUCCGUGGUGCAUUGCCCAGCAGAUGCAGUCAGUCAUGAGACCGAAGCUUCGAUGACUAGAGCCGCCAAGACCGAGAUGGAGGGAACAGGACAACAGGAUGCGUCUUUAGUUCAUCACACCCACCCGCCCAGCGAGAGAGGGAGAGAGCGAGAAAUACAUGGUCUAAUCUACGACUUCUUUCGCCACAGUUGCUCUGUCCUGUAUGUUUGUACUGGCCCCUGUACAACUCCACCUACACUAUGAAUAAUGCGUAACUUAAGAUCUGAUUACUGUUCGAAUAUGUAACUAAAUAUGUAUUUAAAUGCAAUUUUGAAGGCAAGUUGUGUGUCUUGUGCUCUGUGCUGCUAGCAUUGCAUUCUUGCUCCAUGUAUGCAUUUUAUAUGUAUACAUAUAUACAGUAUAAAUAUAAACCCAUUGUUGAGGCUGUGUGUGCUUGCUGCACCCUUUAGCAUGUGUGCACAUAUCCAUCGUGUUUGUUUAAUAUAUGGUUUUUUUGUAUGUUGUAUAGAUAUAUACAUGUAAAAUGCAUCAGCUACAAUCAUUCCAGGAGGCAGUGAUCUGACAUGUCUUAAUUUCUCUUUCUUGCUCUUUAAAAAUGUCUGUCUGAUUGAAUUUUAUAGAGGUCAAAUUGAAAUGAAAGUUGUGCUUUUUGUACAUGCCUGCAGCAGGCCAGGUUGUAGUCAAGAGAUUGGUAUCACCUUUCAAACUAAUAAGUAAACCCUCCUGCACUGCUGUUACUGUUCUGGGAAUCCCUGGAGUAUAUCUUCUUGUUAGUGUAUCGGUGUAAUUCUGUGGUUUCUGUACCUUGUUGCAUGGAAAAGAGGAACGUGUCUUCAGUGAGAGCACAGUCGGAGGUAUGUUGAAGGGUGCAUGUUUGCUCUGUGUUAUCAGUACUUGGUGUGCAGAUUCCCUCUCAGUAUUAAUAUAGUGUGUAAUACUUUUGGGUGCCUUUUAGGCAGAGCAACAGACCCUCUCCCCCUGUUUGCAAAGUCUAUAAAAACCGUUUUCUUUGAGAGGUAUGAUGCAGUGUCAUUAUAGCCAAGAGCCAGAGCCAUGCUUAACCUUGGCCAACCCCAUCAGAAGGCCUAUGACAGUGUGAUUUUCCCUUUACUUAAAGAUGGUGUGAAAAUGUUAUUUCCCCCC